AUGCGGAUUUCGUCGUUCCUGGCCCUGCUUCGGCCCGCUUUACCCCUGAUCCUCGGGCUGUCUCUGGGAUGCAGCCUGAGCCUGCUGAUGGUAUCGUGGACGCGCUUGGACUCGGACGACGCCUGCGGGGAAGGAAUGGCAAAAGGUGGGAAGCUCUACCUGGGUCGGGGGGAUGCUGAGAGGGACAACGGAGGUGAUGGAAGAGGAGAGGGCGGCGGCGACGACUUCCAGCCUCGUAUCGUGCCUUAUAACAAGGACCCAAACCAGCAGCACAAGAAAGUACUGAGAACCCGCUACAUCCACACCGAGCUGGGCAUCCGAGAUCGCCUCCUUGUAGGCGUGCUAACGUCCCGCGCCACCCUCAACACGCUAGCGGUGGCGGUGAACCGGACGGUGGCGCACCACUUCCCGCGCACCUUCUUCUUCACAGGCCUUCGUAGCCCCAAGGUUCCACACGGCAUGACUGUGGUGGCGCACGGCGAUGACAGACCCGUGUGGCUGAUGUACGAAACGGUGCGUCACCUGCACCAGGAGUACGGCGCUGACUACGACUGGUUCCUGUUAGCGCAGGACGACACGUACAUGCAGGCGCAGCGGCUGAUUCGGCUGGUGGACCACCUCAGCGCCGGAGGGGACCUCUACAUGGGUCGGGCCGAGGAGUUCAUUGGCGGUGAGGAGAAGGCGCGUUACUGCCACGGCGGCUACGGUUACCUGUUGUCACGCAGCCUGUUAGCGCGUCUCCAACCGCACCUGGACGCCUGCCGGAAUGAUAUUCUGAGCGUACGGCCAGACGAGUGGCUGGGGCGCUGUAUCAUCGAUUACCUUGGACUCAGUUGUGUUGAGGUCCACCAGGAGAUGACGUACCGCUACUUCGAGCUGGGAAAGAAUGCCGACCCAGAGCGCGAAGACAGCGCUCAGUUUAAAAAAGCCUUCACAGUGCAUCCCGUGUCAGAGCCUAACCUCAUGUACCGGCUGCACAAGCGCUUCAGCCAGCUUGAGUUGGAUUGGACCUACUCGCAGAUUGUGGACCUGCAGAUGCAGAUUAGCAACUUGAGCGGGCUGACGCCAGAAGGCCCCGCGGGCCUGACGUGGCCGGUGGGCAUCAACGCUCCCUUCAAGCCGCGCACACGUUUCGAGGUCCUCAACUGGGACUACUUCACGGAAGAACACAUCCAUUCCUGCGCUGACGGCGCACCCAAAUGCGAGCUACGCGGUGCCGACCGUGUCGACGUCACCGACGUGCUGGAACUAGCUUUGGAGCGCCUCAACGCGCACUACCAGCCGCGCCUGCGCUUCCUCAAACGCCGCUUGCUCAACGGCUACCGGCGCUUUGACCCCACCCGCGGCAUGGAGUAUAUUCUGGACCUAGCGAUGGAGGUGUACACGCAGAAGGGCCACAGCCAGGUCAUCGCUAAGCGGGUCCACCUCUUGCGUCCGUUAAGCGCCGUGGAGAUCAUUCCUAUGCCGUACGUGACAGAAGCCACACGGGUACAGCUCAUUUUGCCUGUUACAGCGCAGGAACGCGAGCACGUAGCGGCUUUCCUGGACACGUACGCCGCUAACGUGCUGGACACGCACGACAACGCUUUGCUCACCGUGCUCUUUGUAUACGACCCGUUCGAGGCGCAACGCGUUAGCCGGGAGGACGUUUUCGCCAGCGCCAAGGCGGCCGUGGGCGAAGCCGAGAAACGCUACCCGGAUGUAAAGAUUCCGUGGAUUAGCGUCAAGACGGAAGUGCCGUCGCAGGUUAAGCUAAUGGACGUUAUCUCUAAGAAGCACCCGUUAGACACGCUUUUCUUCUUGACCAGCGUAUGGACCGAAGUCAAUGGCGACUUUCUUAACCGCUGCCGCAUGAACGCAAUCAGCAGCUGGCAAGUUUUCUUCCCGGUCCACUUCCAGGAGUUUAGCCCAGCCUUAAUUCAGCAACCCUCCGCCUCAACCAACGCCGACUCUUUACGGGAUGGUCACUUUGACCGGCGUGUCUUCGACGAGGCCUGUUUCUACAACACCGACUACAUGAGCACGCGUACAAAGAUGGCGGCCGACGCGCUGGACAACGAGGAGCUGCUGGAGAGCAUGGACGUGUACGACGUUUUCGUGCGGUACUCGGGCCUGCACGUCUUUCGCGCCGUGGAGCCAGCGCUUGUCCAGAAGUACGUGCUGCGCCAGUGCAACCCGCGCUUCAGCGAGGAUAUCUACCAUCGAUGCGUGCUCAGCAACCUGGAGGGACUCGGGUCUAGAUCGCACCUCGCCAUGGCGCUGUUUGAGCAGGAACAGGCUAACAGCACAUAG